AUGUCAAUCAGUGAAUUAUGUCCUAGUUAUAGCUCAUUUUUUGGAUUUGCAGGAGUAGCUGCAGCGAUGAGUUUAUCAUCCAUUGGUUCUGCCUAUGGAACAGCAGUUUCAGGAAUGGGAAUUGCAGGCAUUGGACAAUUUAAACCAGAACUAAUUAUGAAAAGUUUUAUUCCAGUAGUUAUGAGUGGAAUAAUUAGCGUAUAUGGCCUUGUCGUAUCUGUGUUAAUAAUAGGAAAUCUUUCACCUAUAGAAAAUUACUCACUUUUUAAUGGCUUAAUACAUCUUGCAGCAGGACUCAGUGUAGGAAUGACAGGGAUAGCAUCCGGUUAUAGUAUUGGUAUUAUUGGUAAUAGUGGUGUACGUUCGUAUAUGCUCCAGCCAAGAGUAUUUGUUUCUAUGGUAUUAGUGUUGAUAUUUUCUGAAGUAUUAGGUCUUUAUGGACUGAUUGUUUCUCUCAUUUUAAAUACAAAAAUCUCUAAUGAAUGUUAA